AUGUCAGCUCAUAUCAAGGAGCCAAUGGUCUCCCAUGGCCGUGGAGGCCAAGGCAACAUCGGUCCUGAUAGCACCGAAUACGUUGAUGGCGAGAUUGUUCGUGAGGGCAUCUAUGGUGACCAGGGUGAUGGCGCUUACUCCGCCGGUGUAAGUACACGCUUCCCGUCCAUUACCUCUAUUUCCGGAACCUCCGCUGAUGCAUAUACCUACAUGCAGCGUGGCGGAGCAGGCAACAUUGGGUCCCCGCAUAUCCGUCCUGCUAGUACGCCCCAUGAUGCAGAGAUGGUCCCUGAGCAUGCUGUCCAUGCUUCUAUGGAUGAGCCUCACCAUACCGGGCGUGGCGGGCAAGGCAAUGUCCACCUGGACCAGGCAUCCCUCAAAGACAAGGAGGCCAAGGAUCAGACCACUAGGAAGGUUGCUCACAAAGGCUUGGCAGAUAAGCUGAAGGACAAGCUACUUGGUCGGAAGUAA